UCCGCCCAGCUAGGUGCCACCAGAACCUGACUCGCACCCGCCGGGCCAACACUCGUCUCUCCACUCGCUCAACCCCAACUUAGACAAAAUGAGCGACUACAAACUGCCAGCCAACGUCGGAAAACUACAUUUCAAAGACUUGCUCCCGGUGAACCCGAACGGAGAGGAAAACACGCGCAUUUUCCUUUCCAAACUGAAUGAGAUCCUGACCGAUUUCGUGCGGGACACGAGCGAUCGCAACGAGAAGGUGCUCCACUUCAAGUUUCCUGAGGACAUGAGGGCUUCGCUGGACCUGGAUUUGGCCGACGGCCCGGUCGAUCUGCAGCAGCUGCUCGACGACUGCCACGUCACCUUGAAGAACCAAGUGAAAACAGGUCACCCUCGCUUCUUCAACCAGUUGUCCUGCGGGCUGGACCUGAUCUCGAUGGCUGGCGAGUGGUUGACGGCGACGGCCAACACCAACAUGUUCACCUACGAGAUUGCGCCCGUGUUCAUCCUGAUGGAGUACGUGGUGCUGGAACGCAUGCGUCAAAUCAUCGGGUGGAAAGGAGGAGACAGCAUCCUCGCUCCCGGCGGCUCCAUCUCCAAUCUGUACGCGUUCCUCGCGGCCCGGCACAAGAUGUUCCCGCAGUACAAGGAGAAGGGACUCACCAGCGUGCCGGGCCAACUGGUCAUGUUCACCUCUGACCAGUGCCACUACUCCGUCAAGAGCUGCGCGUCCGUCUGCGGCCUCGGAACCGACAACUGCGUCGAAGUGCCGUCCGAUGAACGAGGCCGCAUGAUUCCAUCAGAACUGGAGCGGCUGAUUGUGGAACGCAAGUCCAAGGGUCACAUUCCUUUCUUCGUGAACGCAACUUCAGGAACGACAGUGCUCGGAGCUUUCGAUCCGAUUAAUGACAUCGCCGACAUUUGCGAAAAAUACAACUGCUGGCUGCACAUUGACGCUGCCUGGGGUGGAGGUCUGCUGCUGUCCAAAAAAUACCGUCACCCUCGAUUCACCGGCGUAGAAAGGGCCGACUCUGUCACUUGGAAUCCGCAUAAACUGAUGGGAGCCUUGUUGCAGUGCUCGACUAUUCACUUCAAAGACGAGGGACUGCUGCUGAGCUGUAACCAAAUGAGUGCCGACUACCUGUUCAUGCCGGACAAGUUGUACGACGUGAGCUACGAUACCGGAGACAAGGUGAUCCAGUGCGGCCGACACAACGACAUUUUCAAGUUGUGGCUGCAGUGGCGUUCAAAGGGAAACGAUGGCUUCGAGACGUUGAUGGACCAUCUGAUGGGUUUGUCCGAGUACAUGGUGGAAAGGAUGAAGCAGAUGCCGGACAAGUUCUACCUAUGCCUGCCGGAACCAGAGUGUGUCAACGUCAGCUUUUGGUACAUUCCAACCCGUCUGCGCAACAUGCCUCACGGUCCAGAGCGGGAACAGAUUCUUGGAAAGAUCUGCCCCAUCCUGAAGGGGCGCAUGAUGCAGGAGGGCACCAUCAUGGUGGGCUAUCAGCCAGACGACCGCCGCCCCAACUUCUUCCGCAACAUCAUCUCGAACGGCGCCUGCAGAAAGGAGGACGUCGACUUCCUGUUGGCCGAGUUCGACCGGCUAGGGCACGAUUUGUAAGCUGCAUCAAUCGCUACCCUUAAUUUGCAACAAAUUCUCAGUUCGCGAACGAAAAUGUUGAUGACGUUAGGUUGCCUUAAAAUGAAAUCACGAAAUAUUAGAGCGAGGAAAUACAUGAUAAGUAUAUAACUGAUUUCGUCCUGAGUUGGAAAUGUAACGUGAAAAUAUAAUAACGUGUUAUUUUUUGAGUCGUAAGAUGUCACCCUCCGGUUAGGGGUAUGAUAUUUGAGAGAAACACAUAUAUAUGAAACAUAGAGACGUGUUAUGCAAAGUUGAAGAAGUAGCAUUCUAUAUAUACAUACACACAAAACGCAAGAGAUGUUGAUUAUUCUAGAGAUGAUAUCAUUGAAGUCGAGAGAUUAAAAUAGCGUGUUGAUUGCUGAGGCGCGUCAGCAAAUUAAUUGCGUGUAUUCUGAAAUCUACUUUAAAACACACACUGCACAGAAAAAUAUAAGAUUAUACUCUAUGUCAGGUGUAAGCAGAAAUUAGCUGUUUCGAUAUAGGUGUUAUAAUAUUUAAACAGUUUUCCAGAGAGGUUAAAUUUUGUUUUUAUCAUGAGGCAUCUUUAAAAAAAGAGUCGAAUGAGAUUUAAAUCAACUAGUAUGCCCGCGUGAGAGAUUACUUUUCGAUUUUGAUUAUUUUUAAAUUUGAACCCAAAAUGAACAACCUUCAGGACGGAAUGAUUUCGCGCCAUUCCCAGAGUGGCGUCACUUAACUCGUAAUAGAAAUAAUAUAUUAUAACUUCCGGAAGUUUCUAAACAAGCCUAAUGUUAAGGCUCGACUAUAUUCAGUUGUACUCAUAUUUUGAAGCAUUCAUUCAUAUGAUGAAAUAGUGUAGAAUUGCAAUAAAAGUCGCUCGCAACGGGGCGGCCAUAGACAGGGGAUAAGGUUGUGAAGUGAAAAAUCACUUUUUGUUCCGAUUCAGAUCCGUUUUAAAUUCGGUUUUCCUGCAUUACCAAAAUUUGUUGAAAGAAAGCUGCGAGAAAGCCUUUGGCGAUUAGGUAGACGUCCCCAAGUAAGGUAUGAGGUAGCUUUCUUUUUAAACGCGAGAGUAUCUUUCACAUCGAUCCAGUGUGUAUCAUUUGAAUAAUUUAAAAUCACACUAUAUUGUUAUCCCACGUCCAGGCGAUUUGGGACUUGAUAAUUUUAAAAAAGCGCCAAAUAUAAAGCAAACAUUCUUGUGAACCUUCCGAAGACGCAAGAAAAUUAUUUUCUCGUUAGCAUGUAUUCGCGAAUUUUGACCUAAAGUCAAAAAAUGCACCCACACUGCUGUACUGACAAUAUCUUGGAUAUGUAAAACAAACUUACCUAGGAAAAGCCAAGCUGUAUAUGAGAAAGGCAACGGACAAACACAGUUCGAUUGAUAGAUUGGUUGAUUGCCGUCGCGACUCCCAAAUAAAUAAUCCGCUACCGCACAUCGACCGGCCGUUUUUGUUUGAAAAAAAAGCAACUCUUGGUAGUCCCAUGGAAUCAAGUGCGAGUGUUUACUUUGAUUGCUCUCUCAUACCACGGCUUGUGUUUCCGUCAUGUCGAGUGAAUGCGAGUGAGUGCUUCGGCCGCGACUUUUCAAGACCGACACCGUUCAAUAAUUCAGCCGGGUGAAAUCCUGCUAGUCGUCUUGAUUCGUUUGCGGCUCGAAAUUCUUCGGGUUAAGUGCGUAAAUGAACUUUAAAGAUAACACUGCCUCUUAGAUGAAUUACAUAAAUGUAUUUGCUGUGAUAACGCAAGAGAUAUAAGUAAUUAAGAAAAAUCAUUAUUUUAUAGAUAUAAACACGCGAAUCGGCCAAAAUUCUAUUAAAAUACCAGCAUAUCCAUAUCUUCUUAACAUUUUUUCUUUUCCGAGUAUUAAGGUAGAGCCGCUCGGCUCUACACUAAUGACACGAUAGUGAUUGAAAAACGGUCUUGGCUUCAAACGCCGCGACUUCGGAACUCUGCACAGCCAGCACAAUCGUGUCUGAAUUGGGCGCAGUGUCAGUGUUCCGCGCAGUUAGUAGAAUUUUAGCAAAAGUUCUAGUCGAGAAGGGGUUUCGUUUAUUUUUUUCUGAUUUCCUUCGAUCUCUGGUUUAAAGAACUGAAUCUUGCAAGCAAUGAAAAAACAACAAAACACAAAUGUCUUCCAUGAAAUUCAAUUAAAAAAAUGAGUAAGCGUGGUCUGAAAUUCACUUUAGCGUGUUCAUCUUUUGGAAAAUAUUGUGUUUUCGAAACACAACGUUUACUGAAAAGUGGAAACAGCUGAGGGAAUUUCACGCGGCUUACAAUGUGUGAAAAUUGCUGUUUGUAAAUAUACUAGUUAAUAAAGUUAUGUGUUAUUAGUGUACCGCAUGCGCAUAGAAAAAUGCCGAACAAAAAUUGCUGUAACAGGUCGGCGCCAAUUAAGAAGCAAGAUGAGGCGAUCGAAACACAAACUGAAUCGAUGUCGAGAAUCACACCUUGUUAACGAAAACAAUAGUUGUUGAAAGUGUUGCAAAAAAUAUAAAACAAAAAUCGGUGUAAAAAAUACUCAUAAAAGCGAAAAGUGGCUGUAGAUCCUUAGGAAAAAUCGCAGUCGACUACAAAAAUGUAUAAAGACUUUGUAAAAAGCGGACAAGUUGGAAACAAGUACGACGAAGGCCAAAUGUCAAAAGUUAGGUAGCAAUUUCACCCUCUGAUUUAUUCUAGUCAUACACACUCACACACGAUCAUCCUAUCUCAGGCGGUUUUAAAAAUAAUUCUGACAGAUUGCUCAUUGUUAUGUGUUUACUGUGUGAAAUAUUGGCAUGCAAACUUCCAGCACAACGCUCAAAAGUCAAAAUUAAACAAGCAACAACAAUAUUCACGACCUGCACUUUCAAAUUUCCUUUCAAACGCACCGCACUCGCAAUUUUAACACCCCUGCACUGAGCACAAAACCGCACGUUUUAAAUUGCACUGUUCAUUUAAAAACUGCACCUUUUAUUUAAUGCACUCUGCACAAACUAAACACAUGCAUGCGCACAUUUCCAUCACAAAUGCACCAAUUUAGUUGAUCUUAACGUGUCUUGACCACAAAUAUUGCACUCUCCAGCAACCCAAACGCACCAAUUUUGCACGUGUAUUAGCACAGUCUUUUCAACUUUACCAUUUUUUUGUUGAACAACUCACAGGGAGAUGAGAAGGAAAUUAUUUAAUACUCACCAGAGUUGGUUGAAUAUACUGUAAGGAUGUUAAAGCUUAGACCUAACCGUGUAGGCAAACAAUAAACCACACUGUACCACUUGUUAGAAAGUCUGACAUCAUGUGUAAACUAUAUUGCUGCUGACGUGAAUAAAACAAAAUUAAAAUUCA